AUGCAGACCCUCACCAAGGCUUUGGCCAGUUCUCGGUGGCACCGCUGGCUCCGUCGAGAGGAGCCGGUUUCCAUCCUCGGAGGAAAAGCUGGGGCAGGCCGCAGGCGGGACACACUCGUCGCCGGGAGCAGAGCGGGUGCCUCUCCCCAAGCACCGCUGCUGCCUGUGCUGUUUCGCCGUAAAAUCAUCUGCGUGAGCUGGCUGGAUGCUUCCGACCCCCGCGGGCUCUUCCUUCUCCGGGAGAGGAACGCCGAGCUGGUCGCGGCUGGGAUUGAAACGCUGAAGGCGAAGAUCCUGGAGCAGGCGCAGGAGAUCGGCCGGCUGCGCUCCGAGCUGGGCGGCAUGGAUGCGGAGAAGCACCAGGACCUGCUGGCGGCCGAGAAUGAGCGCCUGCGGCAGGGGGGGAAAGGGGGGGGGGGGGGGCGGCUGCAGCGGGAGGCAGAGGAGAUGCGGGCCAAGCUGGCGGAGCUGGACUUGGAGGUGCAGCAGAAGACGAACCGCUUGGCCGAGGUGGAGCUGCGGCUCAAGGACUCCUUGGCCGAGAGGGCUGAGGAAGAGGAGCGGCUCAGCCGGCGGCUGCGGGACAGCCAGGAGACCAUUGCCAGCCUCAAGUCCCAGCCCCAGCAGAUAAAGUACAUCAUCAAGACAGUGGAAGUGGAGUCAGCCAAGGCGAAACAAGCACUGUGCGAGAGCCAGUCCCGAAACCAGUACCUGCAUGAGCAGGUGGGGAUGCAGAGGCAGGGGCUGAAGGAGAUGGAGCAGCAGCUGCAGAGCUCCCAAAAGACGGCGGCUCAGCUCCGAGCUCAGAUCGUGAUGUACGAGGCUGAGCUGGAGCAAGCCCACGGGCAGAUGCUGGAGGAGAUGCAGGCGAUGGAGGAGGAGAAGAACUGCGCCAUCGAGGAGGCAUUUUCCCGGGCCCAAGUGGAGAUGAAGGCGGUGCACGAGAACCUGGCGGGUGAGAGCACACGNNNGCUGACGCUGCAGCCAGCGCUGCGCACCCUCACCCAUGACUACAACAGCCUGAAGCGGCAGGUCCGUGACUUCCCCCUGCUCCUCCAGGAGACCCUGCGGAGCGCCCGGGCCGAGAUCGGCCAGGCCAUCGAGGAGGUGCACAGAACCAACCAGGAGCUGCUGCCAAGAAACAUCCGUGUUUUCGGGCGAGUCCGCCCCAUCACAAAAGAGGACGGCGAGGGCCCGGAGGUGGCCAACGCGGUGACCUUCGACGCCAACAACGACGCUGUCCUGCACCUCCUGCACAAGGGGAAGCAGGUGUCCUUCGAGCUGGAUAAGGUCUUCCCCCCGCAAGCGUCCCAGGAGGAGGUGUUUGAGGAGGUUCAAGCCCUGGUCACCUCCUGCAUUGACGGCUACAACGUCUGCAUCUUCGCCUAUGGGCAGACGGGCGCAGGGAAAACUUACACGAUGGAGGGGACAGCAGCCAACCCGGGGAUCAACCAGCGGGCCCUGCAGCUCCUCUUCUCCGAGGUGGGGGACAAGGCGGCCGACUGGGACUACGCCAUCAGUGUCAGCGCCGCCGAGAUUUACAAAGAAGAGGGUCCCCGGGUCACGGCAGGGGUUGUGGUCUCCCCCGCCGAGAAGAACACCAGCGAGACGCUGUGCUCCCUCAAGUUCGCCGAGAGAGUUCGCUCCGUGGAGCUGGGUCCCGUCUCCCGCAAGGCUGAGCUGGGCUCAUGGCUCAACCAGGAGCAGCUGGAGGGUGACUCGCCGGGGACCGCAGCACCCUCCGGCCGGAGCCACGCGUCCCCCAGCCCCAGGCAGCCCUCCGGCCGUGCCGCCUCCAUCCGCAGGCAGCUCCAGACCUCAGCAAACACACACAAGUCCUGUCCGAGUCACAGAUUUGAACAGAUCCCGGUGGACCUCAGCUCCCAGCAACAGUCUGAAGACGUCGAUCGUCCACAGCCCAGGGCACCAGCAGGGAUUUCCGAGCGGCCAAGCACCAGCCUCCUCUUAACGCAGGUCCUUGGGCGCCGGGCUCACGUCCGAUGA